GGAUUAUGUGUAUGUAUGGAUAUGUCUGACUGCUAAACCGAGAGGGCGUGGUUACGGAGAAGUACUGUCCAUCUAUGUUGAUACGGUUCUAAAAAACUGGACUAACAGGGUGUUUGCUUAUGUUGCUGGUCGCAUGGACUAAUUUUUGUUGUACCGAGGAAAAAGUUUUUCAGCUUGUGGAAAUUAUUAAAAACCGAGCUCCACUGGCUCGGAAAAUUUGGCGAACUGUCUCCGAUAUUUGGGGUCUCCCUUGCUACUCCACAAAGUGACGUGUGAUAUGCCACAUCAGUGAUGGAGCCCAUGACAGUGACAACCUCAGUGGUUGGACCGGACGAGUUUGACCGCAAUGCCCCACGGAUCUGUGGGGUGUGUGGUGACAAGGCCACUGGCUUCCACUUCAAUGCCAUGACCUGUGAGGGCUGCAAGGGUUUCUUCAGGCGCAGUAUGAAGCGUAAAGCCUCCUUCACCUGUCCAUUCAGUGGAAGCUGCACCAUCACCAAAGAAAACCGGCGUCACUGCCAGGCCUGUCGUCUCAAACGCUGCAUUGACAUCGGCAUGAUGAAAGAGUUCAUCCUGACAGAUGAGGAAGUUCAGAGAAAGAAGGAAAUGAUAAUGAAGAGGAAAGAAGAGGAGGCAGCCCGGGAGGCGAUGAGGCCACGGCUGAAUGAGGAGCAGGCCCGGAUCAUCUCCUCUCUAGUGGAAGCCCAUCACAAGACUUAUGAUGCCUCCUAUUCUGAUUUCUCCCGCUUCAGGCCUCCAGUGCGUGAAGGCCCAGUAACACGCAGUGCCAGCAGAGCCGCCUCUCUUCACUCUCUGUCUGGUGCCUCCACUGACUCAUUCAGCCACUCUCCUGGGUCAGCAGACACCAGCACUGUCACCAACUUGUUAAUGAUGUACCAGGAUAGCGCCAGCAGUCCAGGGGCAAGUGAGGAGGAAACAAAGCUUUCCAUGUUGCCUCACCUGGCUGAUCUGGUGUCCUACAGCAUCCAGAAGGUCAUCGGCUUCGCCAAGAUGAUCCCAGGAUUCAGAGAACUGACAGCAGAGGACCAGAUUGCUCUGUUGAAGUCAAGUGCCAUUGAGAUCAUCAUGCUGCGUUCCAACCAGUCAUUCAGUCUGGAGGACAUGUCCUGGAGCUGCGGGACACCAGAUUUCAAAUACUGCAUCAAUGACGUUACAAAAGCAGGUCACACUCUAGAGCUUCUGGAGCCGCUGGUGAAGUUCCAGGUUGGUCUGAAAAAACUCAGCCUGCACGAGGAAGAGCACGUGCUGCUCAUGGCCAUCUGCCUGCUCUCCCCAGAUCGUCCCGGUGUCCAAGAUCACGCCCGCAUCGAGCAGCUCCAAGAUCAUCUGACAGAGGUACUGCAGGCCUACAUCCGUGUCAAUCGCCCAGGUGGACACCUCCUCUAUGCCAAGAUGAUCCAGAAGCUGGCCGACCUGCGCAGCCUGAACGAGGAGCACUCCAAGCAGUACCGCGCACUCUCCUUCCAGCCUGAGCACAGCAUGCAGCUCACCCCACUGGUGCUGGAAGUGUUUGGCAGUGAAGUGUCAUAGCAGAGAAGGAGGCGCAUACAUCUACAUCCUCAUUGCACACAAGAUGGUUAACCAACCCUUAUCACCGUUUCCCCCAGAUAACCCAGCCCUUGUACAACCCUGGACAUGUGAGCAAGUAAUCUUCAUCUCUUCAUCAUUGACCAUCCUCCUCUUCCUCCCCAUGACUUCAGUGAGCAAGACUCCGAUGCCUGGAUUUGUAGAUUCAAGACACCUAAAGAGGCUGUGGGUUUCUGCAGCCCUUGGAUAGGGUUCACAGUCACAGUGCAUUACUUGACAUUGUGCAGUUAUCCUGAGUCAUAGACAUCUGCAACAGAUGGACACCCUGAUCCUCUUCACAUCCACAAAAUCCACAUUUGCCUUUCCUCAUCACUGCCUUUCCCUUGACGUCCCUUCUAGAUUCCUGUCUUCUUUUUUUUAACAGUGGAGACAGCUUGGAGCCAGGACAUAACUGUCACAUGUUUUCUUUUUUUACAAUCAUAAUAUUGCUUUAUGUUCACAUCUUCAUGAUGACAACAUGACAAACAAGUGUAGGUAGACAAAUUUACAUUUAUUAACCCUGCUGGCACUUGUGAGGUAUGGAUAAUUUGCCAGCAGUGUUACUAUACCAGUGUUAGCUAGCAAAAAAAAAUACUGUAGAUUUACAGUUUGUUGACAGCAAAGGCAUCCAAAUAUAAUUAACAGCCCAGCCAUGGGCAGGAUUACAAUAAUGUUUUGGAAAUACUCAGUUUACUGGAUUAAGAAGGGAGUCCAGCAGGUCUGUUUUCCUGCUUAGUGUACGUGCAAGGAGAAAUUUCACAUGGUCAGAUGAAGUCAGGAAAGGUAGUGCUCUAUGAGUCAAAAGUUUGAACACACUUUCCCCAUUCAUGUCAGUGGGAAAGCAUGUCCCAACGUUUGACUGGUAGUGAAUAAGAAUGAAUGUUUAUGUUCAGGGAUUGUGAGAAGAAAGAUUAGGUUUGGUGGAAUGAGUGAAGGAGGCUGGAUAGAUGGAGGAAGAUGCUAUGGUUGCAGAUCUCUGUUCACAAGACAAAAGGGAAUUUCACAAAAGAAUGUAUGUUUAAUGCUAUAUACACAUAAAUGAUACAUAUAAGCUGAUAUAUAUAUAUAUAUAUUUA